AAGAAAUGUUUGUUUGGGUUGCGCCUGGAAGAAAGUUUUAGGUUGCCACUUGCCAGUGUAAAGUUGCUUCCUGUGAAUGUUUGCUUGAUGCGUUUUCGGCCGAAGUUCUAGUAAAUCUUACCCAUCGUGGUGGGCAUGCGUAGUUUAAGCGAUAUAUUGUAGGCUUGGGUUAGCCCAAGUGUGGCGAAGUGUAGUCAGAAUGCCCAAGGUGAAAUGCGGGCGAUGGUAUGGGAGUGUGUUCCCAGACUACGAAAUACGACGAAGGGAAACUGGAUUCAAGGCCACCUUAGGCUAUGAGUCCAGCCUCAAGAAGUCGAUGUACUCUUCUAUGAUGCCCUGCACCUCCUGGGACCCCGAAGAGACAGAUCCCAAGAUUGGCUGCAUCGGUCCGGGCGGCAUCUUUAAUCUCGAGUUCUCUCCAGAUGGGAGUCAUCUAGUAGCAGCCUGUGAGCAGAAAGCUGUUAUGGUAUUUGACCCUUUGUCGAGAAGACAAGUACAUCAUAUACCUCAUGCACAUGAAAACUGUGUUAACUGUAUCAAGUUCCUAGAUGCUCGAGUAUUUGCCUCAUGCAGUGAUGACCACACUGUGGCACUCUGGGAUGUGCGAAACCUCAAGAGACGCAUUCGCCUUCUGCAGGGCCAUAGCAAUUGGGUUAAAAAUAUUGAAUACUCAGCAGCUGAUGGAAUUCUUGUAACUUCAGGCUUUGAUGGAAAAAUUCUUGGCUGGGAUAUUAAUGGGUACACAGAGGAGGGCCUUCUUCCUACUGAACUUUUCAAAAUGCAAGGCCUAAUGAGAAUGCGGUUGACUCCAGAUUGCAGUAAACUCAUAAUGUGCACUACUGGUGGUUACAUGGUUCUUGUCCAUAAUCUAAGUUUGGAGCACUUAUCCCAGGAUUUAUUAGAUUUUAAGCCAAAUAUGUAUCGCCUGAUGCAGUUGUCCAACACGCCACUGCCCCAGGCAGCCAUGUUUACAAAGCUCUUUUAUGCUCAGCGAAACCGAGUGGAAUUCAUCUCCGAUUUCCCACAUAAUAAUGAUGCUGAAGUGAUCCAUUCUUUGCAAGUUCAUCCUCAGGGCUGGUGUGUGCUGUCUAGAAAUACAUCUAUGGAUGAUUCCUCAGAGUGGAGUUGUGUCCAUGAUAUUCAAGAAUUAGGAGUUACAGCUUGUAAAGAUGACGAUGAAGAAUAUGAAGAUAAGCAUGAAGACCUAGAUUCUUAUGAUGACAUUCCCUCAACUAGUGAAUCUGAAGUACAGAGCUCUUUCACACAAACUCAGUCAAUGAAUGCAUCAAAUAGCAAUAGUAACAUGAAUAGUAAUAAUGAAAUUGGCAGUGUUAAUGGAAACUUGCACCUUUCACUAACAUUUGGUCCAAGAGUAGCUAUUCGAUUAAGACAGAGUUCAAGAGAUGAUCCAGAUGAAAGUGGAGGAGUGGAUAGUGGUGGAGAAGGAGAAAACAGUGGAGCAGGCAGUAGUAGUGGAAGUGGCAGUAGCAGUAGUGGAAGUGGCAGUAGUGCUGGUGGGUCAAGAAGCAGUGGAAAUGGAAAUGCUAAUGUGGGUUUAGUUGAUGGGACAGGUAUAGUUGUUGGAGAAGCUAGAGGUAGUGGUGGUGGUAUAGAUAUUCAGUUCAGAUUUACGUCAAUGGAUGUAUUUGAGGCCUUGGAACAUAUUCGCGAGCGUCGUGCACAACAACGACGACAGUCACGACAGCGACGGCCAACCCAGCAACACAAUGCCCAAGAAGAAAACGAAAAUUCUCAAGGUAAUAAUAGUGGUGAAGGCUCAUCAUCGUCAUCAUCUAAUGUGCAAAAUUUGAGCCGUAAUAUGACAUUCAGUGUGCGUAAUAGGAGGGAGAGGGACUCUCCAAGAGACAAUGCUGUUUCUGGAAGGACUAGUGGUAAUGUCAUUGACUCUAGAAAUGCAUUUUAUAUAAGGCCCGGUUCUGGUAAUCAUCGAGCCAUAUUGUUACUUCGAUCAGGACAGAAUUAUCCUAGAUACCUGCGAACUGUUGAUCCAAAUCAUAAAAUAGCUAAGAAUAUUCCACGUUUAACACAUUACAUUCAGGAGCCAAAUGUUGGUCCAGGUUUCAUCAAGGAGUUAUGCUUCAACUCGGAUGGUAGAUUAAUUUGUUCUCCGUUUGCUCAUGGUGUCAGACUCAUGAUGUUUGACCAGAACUGUUCAGAACUCUCAACUUGUGUGCAGGACAACCCACAAAUUUUAUAUGAUGUGUCAACAAGUAAAUGUCAUGCCAAUUGUGUUCUUAGCACAAAGUUUUCUCCCACGCAUUGCCUUCUAGUCUCUGGCUGUCGCAACGGUAAGAUAGUUUGGCACCAGCCAGUUCUCUAAUACAUAUUAUAACAGCAUUAGUUGAUAACAUAUUGCAGUGCUGUCUCGUUUUAUGUGUUUGUUUUUUAUUCCUGCUGCUGCAUCUUUGUAAUUCGUUGCAGGGCAAUUUAUCAAAAAUUUUACUACCAAGUGUUUUAAAUGUACAUUUUCUAAGAAGAUUAUAUAAAGAAAGAAAAAAAAUAUAAAUGGAGAAGUUCACUGUGGCUCUCUCUAAUGUUUUUUCAACAUGCCUCAUUGACAGAGCAGCUAUAUAGAUUUGAGUUGCGUGUUGCACCUGAUGUUGCACUUCUUAACAGUUUAUCCUCAGAAGAAAGAUGGUCUUCCUUGUCCUUAAAAGUUGCUGUGUGAAUAGUUGGGAAAACAGUGGAUGUAGAAAAUAAAAGAACCCUACCAUGUUGUUAAGAAUAAAUUCAAGAAUAGUAGAUUUAGUUUUGUACAGUUGAUUUUGUUGUAUUUUGUCCUCGUCUCUACUUGCUGAUAAUAGAGAUUUGCGAGUAUUCACUAGGUGUGUCUGGUUUAGGACCAGGUAUAAAAUAUUUUUUAUGCAUUUCUAAAUUGUGAUAGUUUCAUUUAUUGUUUUUUUUUGUUUUUUUGUUACACAACCUUUCCAACUCCAGCAUUUCCCAUGGAUAUAAUUAUUGUGUGUAUUUCUUAUAUGUAUUGUUCUUAUUAAAAAGUUUUAUUGUUGGUGGUCUUCACAGUCCAUGUUAAGAAGUCAUUAAAUAAAUUCUGUACAGGUGAUUUUUCUGGACUUAGAUUUGUUACUUUUGUUAAUGUAUUUUUAAAUAUUAAGAGAAUAAAAUUGUGUAAUAUUAAAGUUUUGACAUAGGUUUUCAUAUGUUUUAGGGUUAUUUGUACUUUAAGCAAAUUGCCUUACGAUGGACAAUCUCUUUACACCCCCAGCCAACAUUUCUAAUAAGAUAUUGGUAUCAUCCUUCUGUCACUGACUUUUGGUGAAAGCCACUCGUGUCUUUGUGAUUGAAACUUGUGUAGCCUUUUGCUUUUUGCAGCUUCAUGAGUCAGGCUCUGUAGUUUUGCAUGACUACUUUUAUGUAGUUUAAUAGAUCAGAUGUAAAAAUUACUGUUUUGGUAUUGGAAAUUUGGCAUUUAAGACUACUCAUUUUUAGUUUUUAAUGCUGUAAUAAUUGAAUUUUGUGACUUGUAUUUUGCACAUUGAUAUAGUCUAUCAUAUUUACACCAACUUUUAACACUUCAUUUUUAUGUCGUUUUAUUAUAAAAAAGGAAUUUAUAGUUAUUCAGACAUUUUGCUCUAAUAUUUUGAUGGAUAUUGUGAAGUGACUGUGCUGAGAACAGUUUCCUUGAAUGGCAGUAUUGACAAAAGUGAUGCUGUAUGGUAAUGCGUUGUUUUGAUUUAUUUGUUAAACAUUGGAGCAGUUAACACUUCUUUUUUGAGAACCAGACACACAUUAAGUAAUUUUUGGAGAGUAAAGAACAGCAUUUUUGUUUGAUUAAUUUUUGCUUAAAAAUAGAUUCUCCAUUGGUGUCAAUGUAUUUAAGUUCAUUUCUUUAUUUCUAUUCUUUUUGAUGUUAAGUUUUGUGGUCGUUAUUUGAGGUUUCAAUUCCAUCUGUAGGUCAUAUGAAGACAUAUUAAGGAAAAUGUUAGCAAUAUGACAGUUUUCCCACCAAAUUCCAUGGGAAGUAACUGAAAUCACCAUACAAGUUAAAUUAUGUGAAACUGGGUUGAGUUGUCAUUGGAAUAAUUUUACGCUAUAUCUUCAGAUUGUAAAUUAGAUUCAGACUGCUGAACUUUCAUGUGUGAAUGAGUUAUUGUCAUACAAGCCAAAUUAGAAUUUUUGUAGUGUAAUAAGUACUUUGUAUUAAAAGGAUGUAAUAUAGUUAAUAAAAAUACUUUUUA